GAGAUGCUAAUGCAGAAAAAGAACUUUUAGAUUUGACGGAUAAUUAUGUAAUUGAAAAUAGCAUAAAGAAAGUGAUUAAAGAUAAAAAGAGAAAUGCAAUAUCUAAGGUGCGAAAAUCAGCUACACCAGAAAAGUGCAACGAUACAGUAUCUAAACAAAAACAUGACGGAUUUAUUGAAAUUAGUGAGACAGUUUGCGAAGAAAUAGAUGUUUCUAUUGUAGACGUUGUACCUACAGUAAAGAAAUACACACAAAAUAAGAAACUUAGAUCACCGCAAUCAGAGCCGUGGUGGAAAACAGCACUUACUCUUAGUUACCUUAAAAUCGCUGCACCACAUCACAAGAAACUAUGGGAAGAUAAAUACAAUAAAGCUCGCAAAUAUCUUUCUAAACAAAUUGGAGAUGCUGCAGUAGAAAAAGAAUUAUUGGAUUGCAGCGACAAGUAUGUCGUUGAUAAUGUCACUAAAAAGGUUGAGAAAGAUCACAAAAAAGACGCUGCAAUUACUAUCGUUCAGGAAGCAGCUUCUCCUGAGAAACACAAAGAAAUUGUGUCUAAACAAAAAGAUGAUGGUAGUAUUGAGUUAGAUGAUACAGUGUGUAAAGAAUUAGACUUUCCCAAAGAAGAUAUUAUCACCACAAUUCAAAAGAACAUUACUAAUAAAAAACUUCAAUUACCUCAACUCCCUUCAUUACUUUCAACUGCUGUUAACCUCUCAUAUCUGAAGAAUGCUGCAUCUCAAUAUGAAGGUAAAUGGAGAGAUAAAUAUAAUAAGGCUCGUAAAUAUCUUUCAAAACAAAUUGGAGAUAAAAAUGCUGAAGAGGAAUUAAUAAAAUUUGCCGAUGAGUAUGUAGUUGAUAAAUUAACAGACAAAGUAAUUGAGGAAAAAAAACGUGAUGUAAUUGAUCUUAAGAAAGCCCACGAAUAUCUUUCUAACCAAAUCCGAGAUACUACGGCAGAUUGUACCGAUAAAUACGCUGUUGAUAAUGCUACCGAAAAGUUUGAAAAAGAUCAUAAAAAAGACGCUGCAAUUACCAUCGUUCAAAAAUCAACUUCUUCCGAGAAAUGUGAAGAAAUUGUAUCUAAACAAAAAGAUGAUGGUAGUAUUGAAUUAGAUGAUUCGAUAUGCAAUGAAUUAGACGCCUCCAAAGAAGAAAUUAUUAUUACAAUUCAAAAGAAAGUUAAAAAUAGUAAACUUAAAUCACUCGAGUAUUCAUCAAGUCUUGCAACUGCAAUUAAUAUUUCAUACCUUAAAAAUAUUGCACCCCAUCACGAAGGUUUAUGGAAGGAUAAAUAUAAUAAAGCCCGCGAAUACCUUUCUAGGCAAAUUGAAGAUAAAAAUGCUGAAGAGGACUUAAUAAAAUGUGCCGAUGAAUACAUAAUUGUUAAAGUAAUAAACAAAGUAAUUGAAAAUGAAGUACCUAAGUCUGAAAAACCUAAAGGCUUUGUCAAUGGUAUUUAUGAGGUGGCUCGAAAACUUGGUGAUCAAGUUGAACGUGCCCUUACAUUCAAUAAAGACAAACUUGAUGAUAAUGAGAAAGCGGAAGCUCUCAUUAUCGUUGGAGAAGCAGCCACUCCAGAAAAAUGUAAGGAAAUCAUCUCGAACCAAAAAGAUGAUGGUUUUAUUGAAUUGGGUGAUUCAGUUUGUAAUGAACUAGAUACUCCAAAAGAAGAAAUUAUUACAACAAUUCAAAAGAAGAUUAAAAAUGAUAAACUUAAAUCACCCGAGCACUCAUCAUGUCUUGCAACUGCAAUUAAUCUUGCAUACCUUAAGAAAGCUGCACCCCAUCACGAAGGUUUAUGGAAAGAUAGAUAUACUAAAGCCCGUGAAUAUCUUUCUAAACAAAUAGGAGAUAAAAUUGCUGAAGAGGAAUUAAUAAAAUGUGCUGAUGAUUACGUAGUUGAAAAUUGCACAAAGAAAGUAAUUAAAAAUAAAAAGAGAAAUGCGGUAGUUACCGUGCAAAAUUCAACUACACCAGAAAAAUGUUACGAUGCCAUUUCUAAACAAAAUGAUGACGGAUCUUUUGAAAUUAGUGAAACGAUUUGUAAAGAAAUAGAUGUUCUCAUUACAGAAGUCGUAACUACAGUAAAGAAAGAUACACAAAAUGAGAAACUUAAAUCUCCCGAUUCAGAACCGUGGUGGAAAACAGCACUUAUUCUUAGUUACCUUAAAGUCGCUGCACCUCAUUACGAAAAUCUAUGGAACGAUAAAUACAAUAAAGCUCGCGAUUAUCUUUCUAAACAAAUUGGAAAUCCUGCAGCAGAAAAAGAAUUAUUAGAUUGCACUGAUAAAUACAUUGUUGAUAAUGUCACUAAGAAGGUUGUAAAAGAUUAUAAGAAAGCCGUUACAAUUCCUAUUGUUCAAGAAGCAGCUUCUCCCGAGAAAUGUGAAGAAAUUGAAUUGGAUGAUUCAGUAUGUAAAGAAUUAGAUGCUCCUAAAGAAGAUAUUAUUAUUAUUGUCACAAAGAAAAAAUAUCAAUUACACAAGGUUUCAAAAACUCUUGUAACCGCUAUUAACCCCUCAGAUCUGAAAAAUGCAGCGUCUCAAUAUGAAGAUGGAUGGAGAUAUACGUAUAAUAAAACUCGUGAAUAUUUUUCUAAAAAAAUUGGAAAUGAGGAUACUGAUAAAAAUGUAGUUGAUGAUGUUACUAAAAAGGUUGUUCAGGAAGUAGCUUCUACAGGGAAAUGUAAUCACAGUGUACCUAAACAGAAAGAUGAUGAUAGUAUUGAAUUAGAUGAUUCGUUCUCAUCAAGUUCCGAGGAAGAGGAAGAACCUGAAAAGCAAAUUGAGUAUGAAAAAGUGAAUAAGGAUAAAAGAUAUGUAACUCAAAAAUACACAUUUACACCUGAAG